CAUCACCCUCCUCAGCAGCAGAGCAACCCUCGCGCAUCCCUGUUGUUGUCUAUCUAGUUCCGAAUCGCGUGCUCUGCGCACGACGCACUAGCGACACCAGCAACAGCCGAAUGUCGUGACCCACAUUCUCCCACCACUAUGUCGACUCUGCCGUGUGCUCUCGCCGUCGCGCCAUCCACGACGUCUUGUCCAAUCAGCUUCCGCCCCUCAUCCCCUCGCCCGGCUUUCGACCACUUUUCGCUGCGCUCUUCCCCUUCGAUCGCAGCAUGCGCUCGUCGCGCCGUCUUUCCGCGUUCUCCUAGACAUAUUUCCGGUCACGCGCACCGUCUCAAGGCGCUCUCUUCCCCCUCCCCCUUCCUCUCCUUUUCCUCCCCUCGCCUCUUCCCCCCAACUCCCCCCCUUCCCGCCACUUUCUCCCGCCCUACCCGCGUCUCUCUCCGCCGCGUCGUCGCGUCGGCUAGCGCCGCCGCCGCCGCGAGCCCCUGGCCGGCUGGAGACGGCCGUCGCGAGGAUGCCGGCGCGAAUUCCGCCGCAGCAGCUGCAGCCGCCGCUGCGGGGGGGCAGGCGGAGGCGGCGCAAGCGGCCACUAGCGACGCGCGGAGCGCAGCGGGGCGGCGGAAGGUGUUCGCUUGGGAGGCGGAUGCUGGCGCCGACGCGCCGCGGCGGCUGCACUCGUCGUGGGCCACCGCGCCGGCGCCGCUGCCGCCGUCGCCUAAGGACUCGUCGAUCCUGGGGGUUCUCCCGUACCUGUGGCGCCUGGCAGCGGACGACCGCUCUCUCCGGUGGCGCAUCCUCGUGGCGCUGCUGCUGCUGGUCGCUGGCAAGACAGCGGGCCUGGCUGGGCCGCUGAUGUUCAAGCGUGCGCUGGACGCGCUGACCAACGCGCAGGGGCUCACACGCAAGGCCAUCAUCGCUGCGCUCGCUGCCCUCGUGGUGUCCGCCGCUUCCAAGGCAGUGAGUGCGGUGUCCACGGAGCUGCGCAACAUAGUCUUCACGCCCGUGGGGCAGGCGGUGGGGCGGCGUGUGGAGUACCACUUCUUUGCGCACAUCCUCGCCAUGGACUCCGCCUUCCACCUCGACCGCAAGACCGGCGCGCUCGCCAGGAUCAUUGAGAGGGGCAAGCGCUCCAUCAUCAUGAUCUUCAGAGCAGUUGUGUUCACGUUCAUCCCCACAGCGGUGGAGCUGCUGCUGGUGUGCGCGCUGCUAGCGAACCACAUCUCGCUGUCGUUUGCGGGCGUGGUGCUGCUCACCUUCGUUGUUUACGUCGCUUGGACCGUUGCCCUCACCAAGGCCUCCGUCUCCAUUCGCAAAGAGGUGAAUCGCCUGGACGGGCUGGCGACAGGCAAGGUGGUGGACGUGCUGCUCAACCACGAGACGGUCGUGCAGUUCAACAACCAGCGCUUGGAUCUGAUGCACUACGACUCGCUCCUAAGGGACUACCAGAGAGAAUCCGUGCGCCUGGAGAAGGUAUCAGCAGCGCUGAACGGUGGGCAGACGACGAUCAUCUCCAUUGGGCUGGCGGCGGUGAUGGCCAUGGCGGGGCUGCGAGUGGCUGUGGGGCGCAUGACUGUGGGCGACCUCGUGCUCGUCAACGGACUCAUUCUGCAGCUCUCCCUGCCGCUGCAGUUCCUGGGCUUCCUGUACCGUGACCUGCGCCAGUCCCUCGUCGACAUGGAGGCCAUGUUCCACAUGCUCAGUCUGGAGUCGGAGCUGCGGGACGGGCAUCUGGAGUUGGCAGCGAGGGCGGCGGGCGUGGCAGUGGAUGUGGACAAUAUCUCCUUCAGCUACAUGAACGGCCGCCAGGUGUUGAAGGGGGUGUCGUUCUCCAUAGCGUCCGGCGAGAGCGUGGCCAUAGUGGGGCCGUCGGGGUCGGGCAAGUCCACCAUUGUGAAGCUGCUGCUGCGCCUCUACGACCCCUCCUCCGGCUCCAUCUCCUUUGAUGGGAUCGAUGCCCGCGAGCUCAAGCAGGAGUCCCUGCGGCAGGCAGUGGCGGUGGUACCCCAGGACACGGUGCUGUUCAACGACAGCAUCCGCUACAACAUCGCUUACGGCCGCCCCUCCGCCUCCGUUGCUGAGGUCGACCGGGCUGCCGGCCAGGCGAAGCUCCUGGACGCCAUCCAGCGCAUGCCGGACGGCUUUGACACGGUGGUGGGGGAGCGCGGGCUGAAGCUGAGCGGCGGGGAGAAGCAGCGCGUGGCCAUCGCGCGCGCCUUCCUCAAGAACCCGCGCCUGCUGGUCUGCGACGAGGCCACCAGCGCACUGGAUUCUGCCACUGAGGCGAACAUUCUGCGAUCGCUGCAGCAGCUGGCGGCCGGCAGGAGCUGUUUGUUUGUGGCACACAGGCUGAGCACGAUCAAGCACUGCGAUAAGAUCCUGGUGAUGGAGGCGGGGCGGGUGGUGGAGCAGGGCACGCACGAGCAGCUGCUGGCAGCAGGGGGCAAGUAUGCUGCCAUGUGGAUGCUGCAGGACUCAGAGCGCCCCGCCCUCACACCCAUGCCCAAGCCGGCUGCUCAUGCCACUCACACACAUGCUGCUGCUGCUGCUGCUGCUGCUGCUGCAGACACAGCGGAAACAAUUUCGCCUGUGGUGCAUGCCGCCGCAGCAGCAGUAGCAGUAGCAGCAGGAGCAGCAGCAACGACACACACGGAUGUGACAGUAGCCACGCCAACACAACACGACUCACAGAACGGUUCUGUCAGUGGUGUCUCGCCGCCAGGAAGCAAUGGGGCUGUGACUUCCAUGGGCAGGGGCACGGACGAGGGGUGGCGCAUGAGUGAGAGUGGAGGAGGGAGAGUGAGUGAGGGCGAAGCUGAGGUGGAGGAGCAGCUGAGGGCGGUGGCUGAGAGUGAAUCGGAAUGGCGCACAGAUGGGAGAGUAGCAGUGGGGCUAGAGGGGGUGGGAAGAAGGAGAGCAGGCGAGCAGGUGAAUGGUGAAGGAGAUCGCAUGUGGGGGGCGGAUGAGGAACAUAAUGGUGCUGGAGGGGAGGGUGGGGAGAGGAAUGGGGGUGCUGAUGGUAGUGUGAUUGAGGAUACUGGAGGUAUGCACCAUGAUGGAGAGCAUCUGGACGAGGAAGGUGGUAGUGGGAGGAGCGGAGGCAGGGUGCGAGGGCUCCGACAAACCUCGCUGUUUUUGAGUGAGUUUGCUCGUGCAGGAGAGUACACAGGGAGUGAGGGGCAUGUGGAGGAUCUCGUUCUUGCAGAGGAUGAGAUUGAAAGGGAGGAGAGUGAAGGAGAGAGCGAUGGUGAAAAAGGGAUGGGAGACCAAGGAUCACAAUUACCAAGCAGCAGGGCAAAGCUCGAGGAUUCCCACGGCUCACCUUGAACCUUCAUGUGUGGUCAUGCUUACGGUUCAGCUAGAAUUGCCAUAUGGACCAUCAUCCGCUGUGCAUUCCAUGUCAAACAUAUUUGUGCAUGUUAAGUAGACUACAUAGGGUUUUGCUGUAGAGAGUACAACCCACUAGCUAUGUACCCAUAUAUACUUUCAUUCUAGCUU